GGUACACCUGUAUGUGAAGGACUGCCCUCAAAUUUCAGUCUCUUUUUCCGACUUCCGUAGCAGGAAACCAUUCCAACUCAAUAAUGAAAUAAUUUACAGGUUGAAAGAUAUCAAUCCCCUCAAUGACUUUGCUCAACUGGAAGCAAGAAGUUCAUGAAUCAGAUAUAACGUUAAUGAGAGAGAAAAUGUGCUUUAAAGACUACUGAGGCAGCGGAGAUGACCACACAAGGAGCUGAUGCCGGCAAAGAAGAAGACGACUUCAGAAGGAGGGAGACAAUCUCAAAGCCAUUCAAGACUUCUGGAGUUCUAAUAAUACUGCGGCAGCUGAGAAUAACAACUUGCAUUCUUCACAAGCCGGUCACAUUGAUCCCCCACCCGAACCCAUCUUGCAAAUCGGGUACCACACACUUGUGGCUGCUGAAUCCGCAGAUGUUCCAAAGACCAUGGCCAUGGCUGCCGACACCAACUUCAUCCAGGGAUGGGUGCUUUGAGCACACUAUAGCUAUAGCUUGUACUCUAGCUAGCUUCAAUUCAGUACUCUUUAAUAUAAAUAAACAAAAUACUUUAUAUCAGGAUUUGGAAACUGCAUAAUGCUGUCCAGAAUAUUUACAUACUUGAAAAUAUGGAUGACAAGAUCAAGAUGUAUAAAUUGAGCACCAUGCUUGAAUGCCAAUUGUGGCAAGACAU